AUGGCCUCGAAGAGAGUUGUUGCGGAGCUGCGGCCGGCUGCCAAUGCCUUUUGGACGCGCGCUUUGAGGCCUGGAAAUGCUCAGAGGCUGCAGUACACCACACGAACCAUAGCUGGUCAAGCUGCGGGACCCCGCAAGCUCGAGACACGGCAGCUGCUGCAGCUUGUUCGCUAUGCCUCGUCUGAAGCCGCUGGAGAGAAGCCGGCAAGAACAGGUCUGUAUGAGCUUCACAGCAAGUAUGGCGCCAAGUUCGUGCCCUUUGGCGGCUACGAGAUGCCCGUACAGUACAGCGACCUGAGCAUUAUCGACUCGCACAACUGGACCCGUGAGAAGGCCAGUCUGUUCGACGUGGGACACAUGGUACAGCACCACUUCUCCGGCUCCGGCGCCGAAGCGUUCCUCGAGAGCAUCACUCCAUCCUCCCUCUCCACCCUGCCUGUGAACCAUUCGACCCUCUCCGUCCUACUGCACCCUGAGACUGGAGGCAUCGUCGACGACACCGUCAUUGCGCGCCUGCCAGACAGGUUCUACGUCGUCACCAACGCUGGCUGCCGAGAGAAGGACAAGACCUACCUGUCUGAACAACUGGAGUCGUGGAAGAAACAGCACCCCGACCAGACCGUGGAGUGGAACGUCCUCGAUGGACAGGGCUUGGUCGCUCUCCAAGGCCCCCUGGCUGCCGACAUUCUUUCUCGCGUCCUCGCCGACGAGUCAACCGUGACGCUCAAGUCGCUGUACUUCGGUCAGUGCACCCCAGCGACAAUCAAGGGCACCCAUGUCGAAGUGCUGGUGAGCCGUGCAGGGUACACUGGAGAGGAUGGCUUCGAGAUCAGUAUCCCGUCCUCUGCCACCGAAGCCGUCACUCAGUUCCUCCUCGACAAUGCGAAGGACGAGCUGCGCUUUGCCGGCCUCGGCGCGCGCGACACCCUCCGUCUCGAAGCUGGCAUGUGUCUCUACGGCCAUGAUCUGGACGAUACCACGACCCCGGUGGAAGCAGCGCUGUCCUGGAUCAUCGGCAAAGACCGCCGCGCAAAGGGCGGCUUCCACGGAGACUCCGUUAUCCUACAGCAGCUGAAGAAGAAGUCUGAGGGCGGCGGCGUGUCGCGACGCCGCAUUGGCCUUAUCGUCGAGGGCUCGCCUGCUCGCGAAGGCGCUGAGAUUGUCAGCGAGUCUGGCGAGAAGAUCGGCAACAUCACCUCCGGCUGCCCAUCGCCCACGCUGAAGAAGAACAUCUCCAUGGGGUACAUCAAGGAUGGUCUGCACAAGGCCGGGACUGAAGUCCAGGUUGUCGUGCGCGGAAAGAAGAGGAAGGCGGUGGUGACCAAGAUGCCCUUUGUUCCUAGCAGGUACUUCAAACAGCAGCCCACGACGGCCAAGGCGUAG